AUGAAGAAAGUGUUCAUGUUUCUGUCUCUUCUCUUUUCUUCCACUUUCCAUGUCUCCCUCUCCUUCAGCGACGGUCUUGUGGCAAAUGGGAAUUUCGAGCUUGGUCCAAAACCAUCAGAGCUAAAAGGAACAAUAGUAACAGGAGGCAAAAACUCAAUACCAGAAUGGGAAAUUUCAGGAUUAGUAGAAUACAUAAAAUCAGGACAAAAACAAGGUGACAUGUUACUGGUUGUACCAGAAGGUGCUUAUGCAGUGAGAUUAGGAAAUGAAGCAUCUAUUAAACAAAGAAUAAAAGUGAUUAAGGGAAUGUACUACUCAAUCACUUUUAUGGUGGCACGUACUUGUGCACAAGAAGAGAGAAUUAAUAUUUCUGUUGCUCCUGAUUUUGGUGUUAUUCCUAUUCAAACUUUGUAUACAAGUAGUGGUUGGGAUCCUAUUGCUUAUGGAUUCAAAGCUGAGUUUGAUGUUGUGGAAAUGGUUAUUCAUAAUCCUGGUGUUGAAGAAGAUCCUGCUUGUGGACCUCUUAUUGAUUCUGUUGCUCUUAGAACUCUUUACCCUCCUAGACCUACUAAUAAGAACAUAUUAAAGAAUGGUGGAUUUGAAGAAGGACCUUACAUAAUUCCAAACUCAUCCUAUGGAGUAAUUAUCCCACCAAACAUAGAAGAUGACCAUUCACCUCUCCCAGGAUGGAUGGUAGAGUCCUUAAAAGCAGUAAAGUACCUAGACUCAGACCAUUUCUCAGUUCCAGAAGGAACAAGAGCAAUAGAGCUAGUAGCAGGUAAAGAAAGUGCAAUAGCACAAGUGGCUAGAACAAUUCCAGGCAAAACCUAUGUUCUCUCAUUUUCUGUUGGUGAUGCAAGCAAUGCAUGUCAAGGUUCAAUGAUUGUUGAAGCAUUUGCUGGUAGAGACACCAUUAAAGUGCCUUAUGAAUCCAAAGGGAAAGGUGGUUUCAAACGCGCUGCUCUUAAGUUUGUGGCUGCUGGAACAAGAACAAGAGUGAUGUUUCUUAGUACUUUUUAUAGUAUGAGAAGUGAUGAUCUUUCUUCUCUUUGUGGACCUGUUAUUGAUGAUGUUAAGUUGCUUAGUCUGCGUAAACCAUAA